AUGAGUGACUACACCGGUCCCGGAGUCUAUCAGCUGGUCAACAGGGCCUCUGACACUUCGCUUGAUCUCUAUGCCGCCGGAAAGGCCGAUGGCACUAGAAUUGUCGGCUGGAAGCACAUCGGAGGCAACUCGCAAAAGUGGCAGAUUGUGCAUGCCGGAAAGGACGAAUAUAUUCUUGUGAACGCCCAUUCGGGGAUCACUGCGACAGCUACAGCCUCCAAGCAGAAACUAUCCGGAACGCUCGCCUCGCCUGUCAACAAGUUCGUCCGGUGGAAGAUUGAAGCCGCGAAGAAUGGUGCCUAUAGGUUCCGUAGUGUUGCCCUUCCGGACCACCUGCUCGACCUGGGCAACGGAAAUAAGGCAGAUGAUACCCCGGUGUGGCUCUGGCCGGAAAGUGCCGGUGCUGCGCGCCAGGAGUGGUAUAUCAAGCUCGUCUAG